CACUGUAGGCUACACCCACCGACAGGGCUCUCCCACUUCGCCCAUGCAGGUCCCACCCCGCAUCUCCAGCUCCGCCCUGCCCUCCCCAUAACCUCGCCUUAGGGACUCGGGGACGUGGGGACGCGUGGGACAUGGCAGGGUAAUGGGGACACGGGGAUGGGAAGACAUGGAGAUAGGAAUACAAGGACAAGGGGACAGGAGGACAGCGGUAUGGGGGACAUAGGGACAUGAGAACACGUGGCUUAAGGGAACAGGGGGACAUGGGGACAUAAGAACAGCAAGACACUGAGAUACAGGGAUAGGAGGAUGAGGAGAGAGGGACAGGGAAACAGGGGACACAGGGAUAUAGGAACAGGGGGAUAUGGACACAGGAGGACAUAGGGAGCCUUGUAACCCUGCUGCUGGGACAUGGGGAUGUGGGGAGCACUGUGCUAUCCGAUGUGUGGGCACUGAUCCCAGGACGUGAUGAUGUGGAGCACUGGGAGCCCCAUUCUGUAUCACAUGAAGAGUGCACAGCUGCCAGCUUGGCUGAGCCCUGCCAUGUGUGCUGCGCUGUGCAGUGCUCCUCAGUACCCCAUGGCCUCCAUGGCUCCCACACCUUCCUGUCCCCAUCCCCCUUUAUUGCUCACUUCUCCUUCUGCUGUCACUUUUAACCCGUGCUCUGCCCCUGCAGGGCUCCCUGCUGUCCCCUCUGUCCCUCCAUGGCACUUUGGCCGUGGUUUGGCAUUUUCUAUGCACAAUGCUUUGUUCUGGGCUGUGUCACCCAGCUCUCACUCCCCUCUGCUUCACUGAGAACAUGGAGUGGAGCCAGCACCCACUUGGUGGCAGGAAGGUGACGGGGGCAAGUCAGGCUCCUCAUCCCGAUCAACACCACUGAACUCACUGCACGUCAGCUCCAGAUGCGUCUGCUGCCCUUGCCAGGAAAUGCCCACCAACACCUGCUGUGGUUUGCAAACCAUCACCAUCCCUUCCCAGCUACGUAACAUCUGCUUCCUCCUUCCGGAGGCUGGAAAGCCCCAACCUCACACGUCUCAGUGACAUCCAUCAGACGAUCACGCUUCGAGGUCACAUCUUGUCUGCGGCCACGGGGGAGAAGGACAGCGCAUGGACAAGAGACGGAGGAGAAAGAGGAAGGACCUGGUGGACAUCCUGCUGCGGUAAGACCGGGCCAGCCCUGCUGACGGCUCUUGCAGGGACACAGCAUUUGCAGAGGCCACCUCACAGAUAUGGCUGGGCUUGUGACAUCGCCUGGCUUUGCUGGCUUUGGAGUCACCUUCCUGCUCGGCCUGGCCACCCAGCUAUCCCGGGCACAAGGCAAAGGGCGGGCGUUAUGGCGCUUGACCCCCAAAGAAGAAGCUGAGUGCCCGGAUGCCUCUCUGGAAUCCUUCCUCAACAGCACCACGACCACCAUCCUCCUCCCCACCCUCUACUCUGUGGUGCUGCUCGUGGGGUUACCUGCCAAUGUUCUGGCCUGCUGGGUCCUGACCAAAAACUUCAGGAGAUGCUCCAGUAGCCUCUUCCUGCUCAACCUGGCUGCUGCUGAUCUCCUCUUCAUCCUCCUGCUGCCCUUCAAGAUCUCCUACCACCUCCUGGGCAACCACUGGCUCUUUGGGGACCACCUCUGCCGCACCAUGGUGGCCCUUUUCUAUGGGAACAUGUACACCUCCAUCCUCUUCCUCACCUGUAUCGGAGUGGAACGCUAUGUCUCUGUGGCUCACCCGUUCCUCUGGAAGGGCUCCAUGGGAAUGUGGGCCAGGGCGAGCAUCUGUGUGGUCAUCUGGCUGCUGGUGGGGCUGGGUGUGAGCCCGCUGCUGUUCUACCCACAGACAGAGCACAUCUCGAAGCUGAACAUCACAACGUGCCACGAUGUCCAAGGAAAGGACAAUUUCUUCCAGCAUUAUUUCCUCUGCCUGGUGGGGCUGGGCUUUGCUGUGCCCUUUGUGCUCAUGACUGUCUCCCAUGGCUGCAUCCUGGCCCGGCUGCUGGCCAAGCAAGAGAACUAUGGGCACGUGGUGCGCAUCCUGGCCGUGGUUUUACUGGCCUUCCUCCUCUGUUUUACCCCCAGCAACGUGCUGCUCUUCAUACACUACCUGCAUCAAGACACGGGCUGCAACAACAUCACCUACAGCUGGUACACCCUGGCCUUGGCCUUCAGUGCUUUUAACAACUGCUUCGAUCCCUUCCUCUAUUUCUACAUCUCCAAGGAUUUUCGGGGCUGGAUCCGGGAUGCUGGCUGCUGUCUCUGGGGACUGGGGACAAAAGGGGAGUGGAAGAAGGCAGCCUUGCCCCUGCGGUCCAGUGAGCAGAGCCAGCUGUAGGCAGGGUUAGGGACACUGUGCCAUGAUCUCCAUGUGGAGAGGACUGUCCUGCAGCUGCAGUCUGGGGUUCCCCCCAGCUGACCCUAUGCUGUUGAGAACAUCCCCAUAGUGGACAGUCACUUCUCCAUGCCUUCUGUUAUCCCCCUGUUGCACAGUCCCAUCCCUGUCUCUGCCACCCCCAUCCCUACCUGGUGUCUCCCUCACACACCUUGCAGUUACCGAACCACUUAGAAUCCAAAUAAACCUUUAUUUCUCCCUGA